AUGCAAAUUUUUGAAAAUAUAAAUCCAUUGCGUAAUUGGCAUCGCCAAAUGGUUCGAGAAGGAAAGCUCAUUGGUUUUGUUCCAACUAUGGGCUGCUUACACGAAGGACACUUGGGACUAACUGUCGCUGUCUCUAUUUUUGUAAAUCCCGCACAAUUUGCACCUAAUGAAGAUCUUGAUAAGUAUCCUCGAACUUUAUCUGAUGACCUUGCUAAGUUAUCCGCUAUAAAUUGUGUAGAUACUGUUUUUAUUCCAAAAGUUGAAGAUAUCUACCCAACUGGAAUUCAUUUAGAUGUGGAAAAACAACUUGGUACUUUUGUAGAAAAAGACAUCCAACAAUGUGUAGUUAUUAAGAAUUUGAUUCGAGAUUUGCAUUUUCCAUUGGAACUGCAUGUUGGACCUACUGUAAGGGAGGAAGAUGGGUUAGCUAUGAGUUCUAGAAAUAGAUAUCUCACACCUGAAAUGCGUAAAGUUGCCACAACAUUAUAUCAAAGCUUGAACAUGGUAAAGCACGCAUAUGAACAAAAUAUUCGAGAUCGAAAAAAUCUUCUUAUUCCUGCGUAUGAUCAUAUUGAAAAUAAAUCAAAAUAUGUUAAAGAUCAAAAUUUGGGGUUUUCCGUAAAAUUAGAUUAUCUAUCACUUGCAGAUCCUGUAAGUUUAGAAGAACUUGACGAAGUUGGUGAAAAUGGAGCUAUCCUCUCUGGUGCUCUAUAUGUUGGAACAACGAG